CUCACUCCGACUUUCUGAACCAAUGAACUUAUGUGCAUCUCAAUUCUUACCUCACUUACCCAUCAUGAGAGACCAUUCUCGAUCCCAUAAAACUCCUUACAUCAUGGAUCUCGACUCGAAAGGACCGAAAUCUUUAGGAGCUACCCCUCCAUUGAGUAUCAAGCAUUGAUAUCAUAAUGCGCUUAACCAAUCGUCCUCGUUUUAUAUGGAGUGUUUCGGAGCUUUUGGUCCCUUUUCUGAUCGAGAAGUGUAUGGUGAUCGUCACAUAGCUUUUGGACAAGGUGCAUCAUAUUGUUGAUGAGUAUAAGAAAAGAUGAAGUUCUGCGUAAAUUGGUUAAGAAUUCUUUUUCCAUAGACAAUUAUUCUCUAAUCACUUUGAUACCAUCAAAUUCAAUAACCAAAAUCACUCAACCAAACCCAUCGAAACACAUUCGAACAAUCAAAUAUGUCUGCAAGCAAGGGUCAUUUCGAACAGGGUCAUCAACCUCCCGUGUCCCACCAAUCUUCCGCUCCAGGUCAACAAACCGAACUGCCAAAAGAAGCCAUCAACGACCAACUCCCCACCGACGAUGGAGGCUACCAACCAUAUCUCGCCGCCGGUAAACUAAAGGGCAAGAAAGCCUUCAUCACCGGUGGGGAUAGUGGAAUUGGUCGUGCCGUCGCCAUCUUAUAUGCUAUGGAAGGAGCAGAAAGUUCCAUCAUCUAUACACCCGAAGAAGAAAAAGAUGCACAAGAAACCAAGAAGCUGGUUGAGGCCAAGGGAGGAAAGAUCCAUUUGUUCUCGGCAGAUUUGAAGAGCCAGCAGGCUUGUAAAAAUGUAGUCGAGAAAGCUAAGGAGGCUAUGGGAAGAAUCAACAUUUUGGUCCUGAAUCAUGGUACUCAGAUGAUGGUGGAGACCAUUGAUGAGUUAACUGAAGAUCAAUGGAUUAACACUUUUGAUGUUAACAUCCAUCCAUUCUUCUUCCUUUCCAAAUAUGUCCUCCCACAAAUGUCCCGCGGUGAUACAAUCAUCACCUGCGCUUCCGUAAACCCAUACAUCGGUCGCCCAGAUCUUCUCGACUAUACUUCCACCAAAGGUGCUAUCGUAGCCUUCACCCGCGCCCUUUCUAACCAACAAAUCAGCAAGGGGAUCCGCGUCAACGCCGUCUGCCCCGGUCCCAUCUGGACCCCUCUUAUCCCCGCAACCAUGAACGAGAAAGCACAAAAAGAAUUCACAUCUCCCAUGGGUCGUCCCGGUCAACCAUCAGAAUGCGCAACUUGUUUUGUAUUCUUGGCGAGUGCGGACAGUAGUUUUAUUAGCGGACAAAGUUUGCACCCUAAUGGAGGUGUGCAGGUUGGUUCUUAGACGAACGGGAAGCUUGCGGUUAAUGAAUGAGGAGUAAUAUUACUUCAAUGAAUACCUCAUCACCUAUUGUAAAAGUUGACGUGAUGAUUUGGCCAUAGAAUUAAAUAUCGUGGGCAUGACACAUGAGAGACAAUAAAAUUUUCAAGUUGGACUACAUCACCCCUAUUCUCGGUAGACGACCCAGCUUCCCUCGCCUCCCUUCUAUUUCCAAAAUCCA